CAACAACAGCAGAACCGUUCGACAUUUGUCUCUGUGAGAGUGUGUCUGUCUGUUCGUCUUCGUCUUCUUCUUCCUCUUUGCUUUUGCCGUCUUAUGUGUCUAUGUGUCUGUGUGUCUGAUACUCACAAACCCACCAAAAAAAAAAAAAAAAGAAAAAAGAAAAAUAUACAGAGAGAGAGAGAGAGAGAGAUGAGUGUGAUCGAUUUGAUAACGAGGGUCGAUACGAUAUGCAAGAAAUACGACAAGUACGAUGUUGAGAAGCACAAGGAAUCCGACAACGUCUCUGGUGACGAUGCCUUUGCUCGUCUCUAUGGCGCCUUUCAGUCCAACCUCGAGGCUGCCCUUCAGAAAUCGGAGGCUGUGGCGACUGAGAAGAACAGGGCUACUGCUGUUGCUAUGAACGCAGAGAUUCGACGAACCAAGGCUCGUUUGCUAGAGGAGAUCCCCAAAUUGCAAAGACUUGCUUUUAAAAAGGUUAAAGGGCUUUCAAAAGAGGAGCUGGAGGCUCGAAAUGAUUUAGUAUCCGCUAUGAGAGAGAGGAUUGAAGCAAUUCCAGAUGGUUCUACAACUGCUGUUAAAACUGGUGGUGCGAUAGCAUCGGCCUCAUAUACAGGAAUCAAGUUUGAUUCAACUUUCGAUGGGAGAUUUGAUGAUGAGUACUUUCAGAAAACGGAGGAAUCAGAUAGGUUUAGGCAGGAGUAUGAAAUGCGGAGAAUAAACCAGGAUCAAGGAUUGGAUGUUAUAGCAGAAGGAUUGGGCACAUUGAAAGACAUGGCCCACGACAUGAAUGAGGAAUUGGAUAGGCAAGAACCCUUGAUGGACGAAAUAGAUGACAAGGUUGACAGGGCAAAUGCCGACCUUAAAAAUACUAACGUAAGACUCAAAGAGACUGUGAUCCAGCUGAGGUCUAGCCGCAAUUUUUGCAUUGACAUCAUCCUCUUGAUUAUUAUUUUGGGAAUUGCGGCAUAUUUGUACAAUGUGUUGAAGUGAAACCGGUCUUCAUGGUCAUAUGUCAACUGCUUCCCUUUUGGUGCCUCGCUUCAAUAAUAUAUACGUGCCUAUACACGGAUUCUUCUUCUGUAUGUGCUGUGCUUAUAUUUUGGUAAAGAUUACAGGACUUUUCUAUCUUCCCCGUCAUUGUAUGGACAGAGAUUUGCAUGUUGUAUGAUUCAUGUUGUGCAAUUACUGCAUUUCAUGUUGUGUUAA